UGGCGGCUGCAGGGGGAGCCAGGUGACCUUGCGGCGCCCUGUGCGGGAAGCUGGCACCGGUGGGGUGAUGGGGGCCCCCCCCUGCAGAGCCCCCCUGCGCCUGCUGCCUGCGCUCGCCUGCUGGGCAAGGGGCCGGGGAGCCCCGCUGGGCCCGGGGACCCUGGCUGGCCCCUCCCGGCGGCACUACAAGAAGGAGACGCUCCCUGCCUCCGAGGGCCCCAUCCCGCCCGUGACCGUCACCGAGAUCCGCCAGUACCUGCGAGCCCAGGGCAUCCCCUUCCACGACGGCUACAGCUGCCUGCACGCGCCCAGCCUCUUCGUGGAGGGGCCGGGGGAGCAGCAGCCCCCCGCCGGCAGCGCCCGCUACAGCCUCUUCAUCGACAAGACCACGGGCAGCUUUGUGUGCACAGCCACCCUGGCCGAGGGCACUUGGCAGGACUUCCAGGCUAGCGUGGAGCUGAAGCACAAAGGAGUCCCUCAUGCUGGCCUGGAGCAGCUUGACGGGGUGGACCAGGCAGGGGAGGACGCCCGCCAUAUCUGGGACCGGGCGCUGCCACUCGGGGAGCUGCUGGACGAGGAGGAGACUCGGACGGCCAAGGCCAUGUUCGGCAUCUCCAAGGUGUCGGACGCCACCCUGAAACGCUUCGGGGUGCGCUACCUGCGGACUGCCCGCACCCUGGUCUUCCCCUGGUUCAGCCCCCGCGGCACCGGCCUGAAGGGCCUGAAGCUGCUGGGGGCCGAGUGCCAGGGGCAGGCGGUGCUUUACGUGGAGAACACUCUCCCCCGGCCCAGCGCCUAUCACAACCUCUUCGGGCUGCCCCUGAUCGGCCGCAGAGACACAGAGGUGGUGCUGACAGGCCGGGAGCUGGACACCCUGGCCCUGUACCAGGCUACUGGCUUGCCCAGCUUGGCCCUACCCCGUGGGGCUACCUGCCUGCCCCCGGCCCUGCUUCCCUAUCUAGAGCAGUUCAAGCGCAUCACCUUGUGGCUGGGUGAAGACCUCCGCUCCUGGGAGGCCGCCAAGCUCUUUGCCCGCAAACUGAACCCCAAACGCUGCUCCCUGGUGCGACCCGGCGACCAGCAGCCCCGGCCCCUGGAGGCUUUCACCCGCGGUAUGAACCUCUCCAAGAUCCUCCGCUCCGCCCUGCCUGCUGGGCACAAGUCCAUCAUCUCCUUCCGCCAGCUGCGGGACGAGGUCUUCGGGGAGCUGUCCAACGUGGAGCAGGUGGCCGGGGUCAAGUGGGCCCGCUUCCCUGAGCUGAACAAACUCCUCAAGGGCCACCGGAAAGGGGAGCUCACCGUCUUCACAGGCCCCACGGGCAGUGGGAAGACGACCUUUAUCAGCGAGUAUGCCCUGGACCUCUGCAUGCAGGGGGUGAACACCCUGUGGGGAAGCUUUGAGAUUAACAACGUGCGCCUGGCCAAGAUCAUGCUGACCCAGUUUGCGGUGAGGCGGCUGGAGGAGCAGCUGGACCAGUUCGACGAGUGGGCAGACAAGUUCGAGGACCUGCCGCUCUACUUCAUGACCUUCCACGGGCACCAGAGCAUCAAGACGGUGAUUGAGACCAUGCUGCACGCGGUGUACAUGUAUGAUAUCAGCCACGUGGUCAUUGACAAUCUCCAGUUCAUGAUGGGGCAGGAGCAGCUCACUGUGGACAGGCUUGCCGUCCAAGACUACAUUGUGGGCGCCUUCCGGAAGUUUGCAACGGACAACAGUUGUCAUGUGAGCCUGGUCAUCCACCCUCGGAAGGAGGACGAAGAGCGAGAGCUUCAGACGGCCUCUAUAUUUGGGUCUGCGAAGGCCAGCCAGGAGGCCGACAACGUGCUGAUCCUCCAGGACAGGAAGCUGGUGACGGGGCCAGGGAAGCGGUACCUGCAGGUGUCAAAGAACCGCUUUGAUGGGGACGUGGGGGUCUUCCCGCUGGAGUUCAGCAAAGCCUCCCUCACCUUCUCCACCCCCGUCAAGGGGAAGGCCCGGCUGAAGAAAGUGAAAGAUGACAAUGGAGCGCCGCCGAAGCAGGCUCCAGCUGGAGGCAGCGGGGCCGCUAAGAAGCAGUGACCCAGCCCAUGGCAUGGGCUGCUCUGGUGCAAUCCCUUCCCCGGGGCACUCCUCAGCCAGUGUUCAUACCAGCCCUGAGGAGAAGGGGGCUGGUGCCAGGUGCUGGGGCAGGGGAGAUGGGGACACAGCACUGCCAGUCUCAAUUGGAAACUCUCACAGCCAAGGGGUGUUCCCUGUGCGGCUGCCAAGCGGGCCUGGCCAGGCCUGGGUUAGCUGCAGGCUCCUUGCCCCUCGGGGUGGGAACCUCGGUCAGGUUGCGUUGGGGGAGGAGGAACCGCACACCUACCUCUGCGUUACAGUCAGACGAUAAGCUAUAAACGGGCUCUUGUUUUAGAGCCUGCCAGGGGCCCACGACACCCCGGCUGACGGAUACAGGCUGGCGCACAGGGGGAGUCCUGUGGGUUAUGCCCCCGUCCGUUCACUUAGCACAGGUCCCGUCGGUUUGUCCUGGGGAGCCGUAUGUCCGGACGCUGGGGUGCUGAGUCGGUGGAGCCUUCGGGCUGGAUGUCCGGUUGCCAGACCCUCUCUCCUUGCUCUCGUCGCUGGAGUAUUUCAGCCAAUGGGGGUAAAUCCUGACCCCAGACCCUGGAACCGAGCAGGACACGGUGCGGGUCACAAGCCAGUGUGAGUUUGCCAGGGGCUUCUCCACUCAGUCCCUACUGCACGUCUGGUCUGUGUCGUAGAACUGCUGCUGAAUUAGCUCCGCUUGUCUCAGGAGACCUCCCUCCCUUCACUCCAGGGCCGGGCUGGUGGGUUCUGCAGGCCAGUCUGGAAGGGCACCAGCAGAACUGGGCAAGUCCUGGGGCUGGGAGAGCAGUGACUGCAGAUCAGGAGUGAGGGACACCGGUAGAGCUGUGCAGGGCAGGUCCCAGGGCUGAGAUAGCAGGGGGCUGCGGGUCGGGAUUGAGGGGCACCGGCAGAGCUCUGCAGGGCUGGGCUAGCAGGGGGCUGCGGGUCGGGAUUGAGGGGCACCGGCAGAGCUGGGAGGGGCUGUAUGUGAUGAGUGAGGUGCACAGCCAGAGCUGUGGGUUGAGGGAUACACAGCUCCAGCCUGCACUGUCCCCCUCACUUCCACACGCCCUGGGAGAAGGCAGGAGGGGAAGGCGAGUGCAGGGGGGAAGCAGAGUGGCUCAUGGCAGUGAAGCAGAAGUGACACAGUUGAUGGCACUUGUUCCUGCCUGGCGGGUAAUCACCAGCCCUGUUCGGUAGCGUCUGAGUGGAGAUUGUGAAGUCCCUGCAUGGCAGGUCAGGAGCCGGGGCGCCCCACCACCAUGACACCAGCGUCAUACAGUUGUCACCGCUGGAGCCUGCGGGCUGCACCUGCUUUGCGUACACAAUUAUUUUAAAAUAGCGGGAGGCCCAAGCCAGCAAUGUGCCGAGAGCUCUUCGUUGCCAUCGACGGUGUCUGAGCUCACGGGGCCAGGACCCCUUGUUACGAUUCCCUCAGCUUUGAAUUGCCCCACAACCUGGGGGAGAACAGGCCUGUGUGAAUGCACCAGCAAUAAACUCCCAGCUGUUCAGCUCUGCCCUGGCCCUGCAGCAGAGCACGCUGUGGUGACCUCUGCUCCGCUCAGCUGGCUCGGGGAUUCCAGCCCUCGCUGCCCCAGCAGCGCUGGGUUUCUUUGAAGGUCAAAUAAUGCUGCUUGUGUCUGAGGUGGAUCCCAGAGUGGGGCAGUGUGAGGGAAAUGGAGCCCCCCAGUGCAUGGGAUGGGGGGGUUUCUGAGAGAGUUUUAUAAACCAUGGUCCCAAAAGACUUUUCAGAGGGCAGUCUGGAUUUAUUCCCUCCUUCCCCAGGAUUGGGAACCCUUGUGCUGGUGCGUGGGAACCGGACCCUGAAUCUAACGUCACUCUCAGCUGACUGAAGCUCAGAAGGCAAAGGGAAUCCAUCAUGCAAAAUAAAUUAGGGUUUUAUAAAUCCCUCUGGCUAGGCCUGGCCGUGCUGGCUGGAUUCUAAUGUGACGGUGAUUAUGAAAUGGUUUGCAGAGUUCUCCCUGUAUGGCCGUCUGCAAUCCCACGGCUGCGUAGGAAGGCAGACUCCGGGGGGGAGUCGUUUUCAGUGUCGAAUGCUGAAUACUGUGAUUUGGGGUCCCAUUGCACUGGGAGGGGAAAACCUCCACAGUGCUGGCUCUCUGCAAUAAUUUUGUACACACGAGGGUGUGAAAAAGAUCAUGUUGAUCAGAUAUUUUGUCUACAGCUUGUAAUAUGAUUAAAAACAAAGGUGGGUUUUUCAGUGCUGCUUUGUCCACAAGGUGUCAAUCUGCGUUCGACUUGAAUCUUCUCCUUCUUUUCGAAAGGAAAACUUGAUGGAACUUUCCUCAAAUUCCCAGGCUCGCGGGCAGUUCCUCUGUGUAGCACUAAGCGCUUUGAUUUUACGCUGAGCUCAGAAAUCUCCAUUCCUCAGGCUCUGGCUGCUGGCUGAGCCAGCGCUUUGAGAGCGUGGGUUUGCUUUACCUUUGAAUGACCCUUUGAAAUUCACGCA